AAAGCAUUGUCAGUAAUGGCAUUCCAAUGACACCAAAACGUCAUUCAAAUAUAUCCUCCAGAUCCAAUGACUUUUGUGUGAUAUCAGAUCGGUAAAUGUAGUGUAGUGGCGCAUACCAAUUCGGACGCGGAUAGCUUGACCGUGGAUUUCCGAGAGUCGCAUAGCUUGAAUGCAGUACAUGGACUGUACCAACAAGAGAAGAAUACACUCACAAACAUGUUUUUCAAAGACCCACCUUUUCCUAAAUGUUUUACAUACGUUGUUACUAUUGUCUGGGGGUUUGAUUAUGAUAGGCUUUAGUCUACUAAAAUGUAGCCAUUUAUUUUUUCGCAAAGUGUAUAUCCCCCACACCUCUCUGCUCGUGACACUGACAACUCACCCCUCCUCUUCUCUGGUGAAAGCAAGGACCAGAGUCUAUGCUGAAGCCUUCACUGAGCCUAUUUGGCCAGCAGCAGCCACUGUUCCAGCCAAUGCCUCCUACACAUACCCUUGGACCCCCUCCACAGACCCUCGGACCCCCUCCACAGACCCUCGGACCCCCUCCACAGACCCUCGGACCCCCUCCACAGACCCUCGGGCCCCCUCCACAGACCCUUGGACCCCCUCCACAGACCCUCGGACCCCUUCCACCAGUAGUAAUGACCCCGGAUCCCCACCGUUUCCCCCUCUCCAGUCCUCUGUCUGCCAAACCUCCCACUCACCUCCAGCUGGUGCAGGGGCCCCCCUGCCCUGUCCCACCUCCCACUGCCCAGGCGACCCUCAACAGCAGGCCCCAGGAGAAAGAUGCUCAGAUCGGGGCCACAGACCAGGACGCUACCUUGGAGGAGCUGUGUAAGCCUCUGUACUGCAAACUGUGCAACGUCACCCUCAACUCUGCUCAGCAGGCACAGGCCCACUACCAGGGAAAAAACCACAGUAAGAAGCUGAGAAAUUUCUAUGCAGGCAGCCAGCAGCCACCUGCCAUCAGGAUUCCGGAGGUAAUAGAGCCACUUUCCCAGCAGCUCCUCAUGACUCCACCAACUGACAGUGCAACUCCCAAACAGCCGGUGUCAUUCAUGGGUGCCAGCAGGGUGAUCUUAGCCACGGAGAACGACUACUGCAAGCUGUGUGAUGCCUCGUUCAGCUCCCCUGCCGUGGCUCAGGCGCACUACCAGGGCAAGAACCAUGCCAAGAGACUGCGGCUGGCUGAGGCCCAGCAAAGCAGUAGCAUCCUAGAGUCGACUGAGUGUGUCCAGAGGCGUCCGAGGAAAGAGGGGAGCGAGUACAGGUUUAUCAAGAACCGUAGGACCCCACAGGUGCCUAUUGCCGUGCCAGGCCCCUACUACAACCCCCGGCCCAGGCAGAGGAUCCCCAGGGACCUGGCCAUGUGUGUGACGCCCAGUGGCCAGUUCUACUGCUCCAUGUGCAAUUCUGGGGCCAGCGAGGAGGCCGACUUCCGCCUUCACCUGGAGAGCAAACAGCACAAGAGCAAGGUGUCGGAGCAGCGCUACCGCAGCGAAAUGGAGAAUCUGGGCUACACUUAGGAGGGCAGUGCCGCAGCACAGGGGAGGAGAGGGGAUGGAGGGUGAGGGAGGGGGAGACAACGACUAUCUUCAUCAUGCACUGUACGCUAGAGGCUCUCUUCCACUCUUUUCCUUAAUGUGUAUAAGUUAUUGAUCUUCUGUUCCUGUUUUAGUUUGUUAAUGUAGUGUACAUAUUUGAAUGACAUUUCUAGAAAUCUUUUAAGGUGUGCACAGAAUGUCCACCUGCUGGUACACUUGUGGAUGUUUCACUCUUGCUUGAUUCUGUUUGCCUGUACUGACCCAAGCCUGUGUGUGAUUACCAUGCAUUUUGCAUCUCAGAUGAAACCAGGGAUUUGUCCAUAUUUCACGCUGAUUUUGACCCAUAGUAGGCCUACAUGAAGAACCCACCAUGCUGUGGGGUAUAUUGGUGAAGAUUUUAUCUCACAAUCGGUUUUCUUUCCCCCGGUUUAAACUUGGUUUAAACUUGUUAUGACUAGGGCCAGGGACAAUACCAGUAUUGCGAUACUUGUUAAUAAAAAAUGAAGUGAAAAAAUGAAGUGGGUUAAACUUCUUUAGGAAAACAACCCUAAUGUUGGAAACAAACAUCAUUAUGUUGUCAACCAGAGUCACAUUUAUUUAUUUCCAAGCUAUAGCACAUAAUAUUUUAUUUACGGCAGGUUUUUAAAUGACCAAAGAGUUUGGUCUGCUUUGUGUUUUCAUGUUUGCCACUGAAAAAAUAUCGCUAUACUGGUAUUGUCAUAGCCCUAGUUAUUACCUGAGUUUCAGUAGCUGGACAUCUCUACACUACAGUAUAUGGACAUCCCUUCAAAUUAGUGGAUUCUGCUAUUUCAGCCACACCCAUUGCUGACAGGUGUAUAAAAUCAAGCACACUGCAAUCUCCAUAGAAAAACAUUGACAGUAGAAUGCCCUUACUGAAGAACUCA